GUUGGUAGCUUUUGGCUCUAGCAUCUUCCGCUUGGAUAGAUGGAGAGCUUCCCGUCGGGGGACCUCGGCGGUCGGCUUUUGGUCGCCGCAUAUGGGGCCGUUUCACUACAUCACUGGUGUCAGCGUCUUCUCCGCCUCAGCAGUGUGACCGACGAGUGCCACUUUUACCUGGACAUCCUGACAAAAAUCAUUGGGGAGUCCACAGUGGUCACUGAGGAAGGCCAGUUGCGGGUGCACGAGCGCCGCCGAAUUGCGUUGAAGCAGAUUGCAGCGCUUUGGUCCCUCGUCCUGGACACCUUUUUGAUCUCGCUUUUCGCAUCACAGGUCCUCGGCCUGGUGAAGCCAAUGGUCGGCGGCUUUGCAUUUUUCGCCACAGUCUCGACGGGGAGCAUAGUUCUCAGCAGGUUGGGUGACCCGCAUUUGGAGCUGACCCCUGCCCGAUUGAACCGGGACAUGACGAUCAUGAGCUUCCUUGUGUUUGGGGCUACUUUGGGCAUGCCGCGCGAGCUGAUGCCGGCAUGCUACAUGGCGCGGAUGCUAUGCUUUAGCUUUACCACCCGCCAGCUUAGCAACAAGGUGAACAUCAUGCUUGCGCCCUUCUACUUGAUGUCGCAUUGGAUAAACACACCGCCGGAUGCACCGAUGGAAUCGCUGCUGUUCAAUGUAUUUGGUGAAAUCGUGGCCGUGGCGCUCAUGAUGCUGAUAUUGACCAAUUUGGACACCAAGGAGACCCAGUUAGCCAGUGCGACUUUGGAGCUGGAGGCAAAGGUGGAGCAGGUGGAGGAGGCAGAAAGGGAAGGAGGCGCCGCCCAGCGGCUCUUGUCGGUGACCUGCGAUGCCUUCGUGCGCCUGACCCACGAGUUGAAGAUCAAGACGCCCUCAAGGAGCUUGUUCGAUUUGCUGAUGUGUCACUUCGGCUCGGGUACCGUAAACCAGCUGGAAGGCACACCCUUUAUCCGAUACAUUGCCCCAGCCGAGCACCAGCGAUUCAAAGACUUUAUCGACGAAUCCUCCAAAGCUUCAGCACCCCCGCGGUCUUUGCAUAUUGACAUGAAGGAUUCCAGCGGCGUGACUUUCAGUGCGGAAUUGUUUCAUGUGACAGUUCCAAGUCUGAGCGGGGAACAAGAGCACCUGAUUGGCAUCUCGAAUGACAACACUGAUCAGUAUGCAGACCGAUCUGGGCGGGAGUCAGCCAACACUCAGCUGUCGCCCAGCUGGAAUAUUCCCCAGCCAGAACAGCAGAGCUUUGCGGACGCGAAAUCGUUUAGCGCCCAAAUGGACAUGAAACACAUCCUGGGGUAUGGGGUGCUGUCGGGCAAGGUUAGUCAAGGCAGCCGCGGCAGCAAGAGCAGCAAGAGUAGCAAUAGCAGCGGCAGCAGUCGAAAGGCAGACCUGAAGAGACUGCACAGCCUCAGUAGCAUCGGCAUUGUGAUCGAUGCAACGGACACCAACCAUGAUUUCCUCAUCCGCUCUUUGACGCUGAGCUUCUCCUCGCCGGCGCAGUGUGGCAAAGAACUACUGCCCAACUUGAUGGAAUGGCUGAAGCCAAGUCACAGGCAGAACGUGUCCAACUGGAUACAGUCCCACGCCAACGCGCACUUUGCCGGGCGUCCUUGCCAGGAGCCCUCAUUGCGGGGCACCAAGAUGAGCUCACCGUUCCCAUCCACCUCCACUUUGCUGAUUGGGGAGCUGCUGGUGCGCGAGGUCAAGGAUGAGCUUGACAGCGCGGAGGGUUCGGCACCGUCUGGGGCAUCCUCGACACCUGAGAUGUACGUGGACUUGGAGCUUCGACAAAUUUAUGCACACUGACGGGCCUACGUGCGCGUCACCCCGUCUCACAUCGGCAGCAAUUGGUUGUAAAUUGAACCAGCUACCAGGCAAUUUUCAGUUGG